ACUCGUUUUCUCGCUUGUCUCAAAGUCGUAGUAUUAUUCAAUGGCGGUAAGUCGUAGCACUAGUGGUAGUUAGUACACGACUCCGCGUAGUACACACUACACGCUACACAUAUACACGCUACACGCAUUCCACGUCGUCCGUACUCGGCGUAUAGUAUCAGCUGGUGUGGCACGGCGGCUCUGGAAGUCUGGACCUCUCGUCAGUCGUCGUCACUCAACGUUGUUCGCAUUUACGGUCGCUAUCACUCGAGAUAGUUUGUCGCCGAUCCAACAACAACGCUACAAUAUUAUUAGUUUUUACACGCGGCCGGCUCGUCGACGUUUUGAACAAUUAUGGAGAUUGAAGUUGUAACAACCACUGACAAGAAUAUUGGAAAAAUUAAAGUAACAGAUGCUUCUCAGAUUAGUGAUAUCAAGAAAAGCAUUAGUAAAGUAAAGUCAGUUUUAUAUCCAGAUAGACAAUCUAUCAGGCUUGAACCUAGAGGAAAAACUUUAAAAGAUACUGAUAAAGUUAAAGACUUAGGAUUAAAAAAUGGAUCAAAACUUUAUGUUAAAGACUUGGGCCCUCAGAUUGGAUGGUCAACUGUGUUUAUGGCAGAAUAUGCUGGACCCUUAUUUGUAUAUUUAAUAUUUUAUGCAAGACCUAGUCUAAUUUAUGGGGCUGCAGCUAAUCAAAAGAUGUCACAAGUUGCCGAAGUUGCUGCUUACUGUUGGUCAUUCCAUUAUGCAAAGCGUGUGCUCGAAACAUUAUUUGUACACCGUUUCUCUCACAACACUAUGCCAAUAAUGAAUCUCUUUAAAAACUGUUCAUAUUACUGGGGCUUCACUGCUUUUGUUUCAUACUUUGUCAGUCAUCCAUUAUAUACUCCACCAUGUACAAUUCAAUUUUACAUUGGUCUUGGUACUUUUAUAUUCUGCGAAUUAGGAAACUUAAGCAUUCACGUUGCACUGCGAAACCUUCGUCCACCAGGUACCAAAAUCAGGCGUAUCCCUGUUCCCACUAUAAAUCCUUUUACACUUCUUUUCAACUUUGUUUCUUGCCCUAACUAUACUUACGAGGUUGGUAGUUGGAUUGGAUUUACUAUAAUGACAUCUUCAUUUUCUGCUGGAUUAUUCACUUUUGCUGGAUUCUACCAAAUGGCGAUAUGGGCUCUUGGUAAACACAGAAAUUACAAAAAAGAAUUCUCUGACUACCCGAAAAGUAGAAAGUCUAUUAUACCAUUUUUACUUUAAUUUGUACUGAAUGUUUUAAAUAAGUUUUUUCUAGGACUGAAUAUGGUGGAUGUGUAUUUUUUUUAUAGGUGUUUUGGUUUGUAUCUUGUGGAUACUUUAUUAUAUCUAAAAUUUACUAUUGUAUAUUUUACAGUUGUUAAUUAAAAUUAAAAUAAAAAUAAUUGAUGAAAUUUUA